GUAGGCUUGCAAGGUUCCAUUUAUAUUCAGUGGAAUGACAAGUAAUUCAGGCAACAGCAUAGCAGAAGGAAGCCCAGUUUCCUACUGUCCUCUUUAACUUCACCAAACAGACCUGUGAGGACUAACCAAGCCUCAAGCACCAACUAUUUUUUGCUCCAUAAACUGAGCUGUGCAACAGGCUCAUCUAAAUGUUUCUGUUCAUUAAGAAGGGAGCUGAUUUCUGCCUGGUGCAUUAACCAAAGUGUUGUUUACUCAGUCUUUCAUAAAGCAAUGCAGAGUUAGAGGUUCAUGGCCUUAGCUGGAAAUCUAAUAUGCCUCCAUACCUGCUGCAGAGAAUGAAGAAGAGAGAGAGAACAGAUCUAGUAAUCCUACCAGACCUCUCUGGUUUGUGAGUGAUGUGCAUUCAGCAACAGAGACAGCGAGUCGUCAGACUGGGAUUUGGGGUCAAGGGUAGCAGAGAGGAGGCAGCCAAGCUGGAGUGGAUAGAAGAAGGGCAGGAAAUAAGAAGAGUGGGAGUGCACAAGCAUGCAAAAGUUCACCUUUACCCCUUGAGUGCUUCAUGUCAAGAAUGUUGCUUCAGUUUUGCAACAGAGGAUUAUAUAGAGGAGCGUUCUGUCCUUUUAGAUGUACAAAAAAAAAAAAAAACCCACUGUAGCUCAGUAAGCAGGGCCUGUUCUGACAUCUAGUGGCCAUAAGCUGGAACAAAGAUAUAUAUUGAAGAAGCCAGACAGACCUUUACUGUGACAUGUGAAAUUCAAUUCAAUUUCAAUUCAGUAUACUUUAUUGUCCCACUUGGGGAAAUUUAUCUUGGACUCAAAAGCUGUGCCAUCAAUGCCAUCUCAACAACUACAAAACAGUAUGACACAUAUCUCAAACAUUACACAUAACACAUACAUACGCCAUAGUAAAAAAACUAAAAGAAAUGAUUGCACAAUCUUUGGCCUAAGCAGCAUUGUUCAGGAAUUUGAUGGAGGUUGGAACAAAUGAAUUCUUAAAACGGUUGAGUUUGCAGUUGGGGACUCUAUAUCGUCUGUAGGAGCUCGUAUUCUGAGUAAAGGAUAUGUGAAGGCUCAGUCACGAUCCUCUGGACUUGCCUAAGAACAGCAGGAGUCCGGGUCGCCAGCAGAGCAGAGCAGUGCCACCGGAAGUUAUACAAGCCCAGUAUGUUCUCCAUGUUUGCUAAUGGAUGCUUGUUUUGGCUCUGCAUUGACCUGCACGUGUUGAGGUGAAACAGCGCAGCAGAGGAAGAUUGUGAGACUAAAACUAGCCACACAUGUGCCUGUGAACUUUGGGACUUGAUGGUUAUCUCAUGGUGUGAAAGUAACAGGUUGGAUGGUUUUAGUAUGUGAGGUAUGUGAGAAACUUUAUUGUCUCCAUUCUUGUGCAGCUAAAACCAUAACCACAUGGCUAAAUGUGCCACAUGGUGGGUAGCCACUCCUCACCACCAGUGGUACACUACCAGUCACAUUGGACACAUCUUCCCAUUCGAUGCUUUUUAUUUAUUUGUCUUAUUUUAUACAUUGUAUAUUAAUGCUGAAGAGUAACACUUUGUCUACAACAUAAUUCCAUAUGUGCUCUUUUUUUUAGUUUUGAUGUCUUGAGUAUUAAUCUGCAAUGUAUAAAAUAAUUAAACAAAAACCAUUGAAGGAGGUGUGUCCAAACUUGUCCAGAAGAAAAAAAAACAAACUCAAUUCUGCCUAUUUUUUUUUUAAAGUUUCAGAGGAGUAAAUGCACCUACACCAUGUAUAAGUAAAGUUUUGAUACACAGCAGAUUAAAAGAAGGAAGUACAGCAUCUGAUACAGGAAGCGGACGAGUGCCUGUAUUUCUGUAACAACUCCAGAACUCAAACUGAGGCUGCAUUUACACUCAGCAGCAUCAAUGUGUGCAGAGAAAGUGCAUUUCCUCAGAGUCUGCUGUGACCAGAUCACCUGCAUUAGAAACCAUCAACAUAUUAGAGGUAAGAAGAACUGACAUCUGCCUCCAUUCUGGUCUGUAUUCUGAAAUUAACCUCUCUGACUUCUGUUAUUUUGUUUCUUUACCACAUCUGUGCCCAACGCUGUCUGUCCUAAGAUUUGGUUCCGUUGCUAAGGAACUUUGUGACGUAAUAAACGGUAGAAAAACACUCACAUGUAAGAGGGCUGAGCUUCCUCUUCCCCUCAUCACCCUACCUAAGAAACCGAGAGACAUUCGGGUCUGAGAACAGCCCACACGAAACGGCGCCACCUCAUGCAGCGAGACAUCACUGGUGGGGUUAAUGCUGACUUCACAUGUACGCACUUACAGGUUGUUGUGUUGAUUUUUUUUUAGCCGCAGAAGCGCGAGCUGUUUGUUGCUGCACAGCUCGAGAAGGACAGCACGUCUGCAGGAGGGUGAAGCUGCUGGAGAAUGUGUUCACUCCUGGCUCUGACCUCUCACCUGCGUCCAGGCUGAUGAUUUAGAGAGAAGAUACAGAAACAAAAGAUGGUUUUGGGCCUGUGGUUCGGUUCAGUAAUGCCUUCGCUGUCUGUGUUAGAGAAAUGAUGAAUCCUCUGAACACAUCUGGAUCACUGGAGCAGCUGCUGCCCAACUCCUCCUCCACAGGAUGCAACCACAACUUAACCAGCUGGAAGGAAACCAUGGAUAAGAUGUACACCUACUUCUACCUGCUGCUCUUCAUCCCUGGCCUGCUGCUCAACACCACAGCUCUCUGGGUCCUCUGCAGACACAUAAGCAAGAGAACGAAGACAGUGAUCUUCAUGAUAAACCUGGCUCUCGCAGACUUGGUCCACAUCCUGUCGCUGCCCCUCAGAAUCUAUUAUUACUUCACCCACAGCUGGCCCUUUGGACCGGGCCUCUGCUUGUUCUGCUUCUACCUCAAAUACCUCAACAUGUACGCCGCCAUAGUGUUCCUGGUGUGCAUCAGCCUGCAGAGGUGUGUCUUCCUGCUCGAUCCGUUCGCUGCUCGGCGGUGGAGGCGGCGUUAUGACCUGCUCAUCAGUAUUGUGGUGUGGGUGGUGGUUGGUCUGGCCUGCUCGCCUUUUAUUCUGAUGCGCAGCAGCAGCAGCAGCCUUGUCUCAGCCAGCAACAUGUCUGAUUCUCCGGAUGCCACUCCCACCCAAGUACCCGUAGUUUUCACCAAGUUCUUUGUGCAACCUUUGAGCACAAUUCCCAGCAAAUUGAAGACAGGCGACAGUCUGACUUCUAGCAAAUCGACCUGUUUCAAAGACCUGCCUACACGCCAUCUGCCGCUCCCACAGGCGAUCGCCAUCAUUACAUUUGGCGAGCUGUUUGGUUUCCUGAUCCCUUUGGCCUGUAUCUUGUACAGCUCCAUCCGCAUCGCCCGAUCCCUCAACCAGAAGCAGACCCAGGAUCAGCAGAACUCCCUCAACCCCUCGGCACGCACCCGCCUCCAGUCAGUCAACUCCACCUGCCAGUCGAAUAAAUACCACGAAAAGCAGACAAACAGCGAGAAGCGGCGAGCCCUGCGGAUGGUGCUGAGCUGCUCCAGUCUCUUUCUGCUCUGCUUCGCCCCGUACCACCUCAACUUCCUGCUCUACAUGAUGGUGGAGCAGGACAUCGUGUCGCACUGCGCCACCAGGCUGGCCGUCCGGCAGUUACACCCGGUGUCCCUGUGCCUGGCGAGCAUGAGCUGCUGCCUCAAUCCUCUUCUUUAUUACUUCCUGACGGCCGAAUUCAGGAUGCAUCUGAGCAGACGAACAUCCUCCUUCUCCUCCUCGCUCCUCUCCUCCCCAGUAAACUCCCCAAAACAGUGCUCUCUGCCACACAGACUAAUGAGCAUGGAGAGUAGCUGCUCGGACAGGGAGGAGCAUCGUCCCUCGGCUCACAGUACAAUGACCUUUGUUAACCAAAGCUGUGAAAGCAGUGACAAUCUGAGGACAUACCAGCACCAUGUGUAUGCUGUGGUGUACAGUGUUAUCUUGGCACCGGGCCUGCUGGGUAAUGUGUUGGCACUCUGGGUGUUCAGGGUCUACGUCAGAGAAACCAAGAAGGCCGUGGUGUACAUGAUGAACUUGGCCAUGGCCGACCUGCUGCAGGUUCUCUCCCUGCCUCUGCGGAUCUACUACUACCUGAACAACACCUGGCCCUUCGGUCAUUCCCUCUGCAUGAUCUGCUUCUAUCUCAAGUACGUCAACAUGUACGCCUCCAUCUACUUCCUGGUGUGCGUCAGCGUGCGCCGCUGUGAGCUCAUCAUGCGUCCGCUGAUGUACAACUCAUCGAGGCGAAAGGGAGACCUGCUGAUAUGUGUCCUCGGCUGGCUGCUGGUCUGCCUCUGCUGCUUGCCCUUCCCCCUGCUGAGGAACCCCAUCUCUGAAGUAAACUCAAACCUCUCGGCCUCAGGCGUCGCUGCACCUGAGCCGGUGUGUUUCUCUGAGCUGCCUCUGAGGACUGUCAGCGCUCCUGCAGCCUGGGCGCUGCUGAUCAUAGCGGAGCUGUUCGGCUUCAUCAUCCCCCUCAGCUUAGUGUUGGCCUGCACAUUCAUGACCGCUGGGAGCCUCCGGGAGCCGGCAGUGGGGGCUAUUUCGGACCGAGGGGAGAAGCGGAGGGCGUUAAGGAUGGUGCUAAGCUGUGCUGUUGUCUUCUUAGUGUGCUUUGUGCCUUACCACAUCACGAUGCCUCUGGACUUUCUGGUUAAAGCCAACGCUCUGAGCGACUGUGGCCUCAGGGACCUGAUCCUGCGGUGUCACCCCGUCACGCUCUGCCUGGCCAGCCUCAACUGCAGCCUGGACCCACUCAUGUACUAUUUCACAACCGAUGAGUUCUGGAGGCGGUUGAGCAAGCCGGAGAUACCAGAGAGCAUGGCUUUCAACAGGCGCCUGUCCUGCAUAACUGGAGGAGAGGACUUAGACAAUGAUUAGCCUCCUGUCAGACAACAGUUUAUUCUGAACCACUAAUCCCUCAGAUGAAGCAUUCCUACGAACAGAAACAUCAUUUACAUCCAAGCAACUAUGUGAAAAUAUGGGACUGAGCUUCAAAAUGUGAUUUUUUUCUAUUUAUUUCUCAAUAAAACAUUAAAUUUGCAUGG